CCGGAGCCUGGCCGCUACGCCGCGCCAUGGCGCCCACCCUCGCCACUGCCCAUCGGCGCCGCUGGUGGAUGGCCUGCACGGCCGUGUUGGAAAACCUCCUCUUCUCGGCAGUCCUCCUGGGCUGGGGCUCGCUGCUCAUCAUGCUCAAGUCGGAAGGCUUCUACUCGUACCUGUGUACUGAGCCAGAGAACGUCACCAACGGCACAGUGGGGGGCACGGCGGAGCCGGAGCACGAGGAGGUGAGCUGGAUGAAUGGCUGGCUCAGCUGCAAGGCCCAGGAUGAGAUGCUAAACUUGGCCUUCACCGUAGGCUCCUUCCUGCUCAGUGCCAUCACCCUACCUCUAGGCAUCGUCAUGGACAAGUAUGGCCCGAGGAAGCUCAGGCUGCUGGGCAGUGCCUGCUUUGCUGUCUCCUGCUUGCUGAUUGCAUAUGGAGCAAGUAACCCAAACUCUCUGUCUGUGCUCAUCUUCAUCGCCCUGUCUCUGAAUGGCUUUGGUGGGAUGUGCAUGACCUUCACCUCCUUAACACUACCCAACAUGUUUGGCGACCUUCGGUCCACAUUUAUUGCCUUGAUGAUUGGAUCCUAUGCCUCCUCAGCAGUCACCUUCCCGGGAAUCAAGGUCAUCUACGACUUCGGCGCCUCCUUCAUCAUCAUUCUCGUGGUCUGGGCCGGCUGCUCCGGGUUGGUUUUCCUCAACUGCUUCUUUAACUGGCCCCUGGAGCCUUUCCCGGGGCCGGAGGACAUGGACUACUCGGUGAAGAUCAAGUUCAGCUGGCUGGGCUUUGACCACAAGAUCACAGGGAAGCAGUUCUACAAGCAGGUGACCACGGUGGGGCGCCGCCUCAGCGUGGGCAGCUCCAUGAGGAGCAGCAAGGAGCAGGCAGCACUACAGGAGGGCCACAAGCUCUGCCUGUCCACCAUUGACCUGGAGGUGAAGUGCAAGCCAGACACUGCAGCGGCCCCCUCCUUUAUGCACAGCGUGUUCAGCCCCAUCCUGCUGCUCAGCCUGGUCACUAUGUGCAUCACCCAGCUGCGGCUCAUCUUCUACAUGGGCGCCAUGAACAACAUCCUCAAGUUCCUGGUCAGCGGCGACCAGGAUGUAGUGAUGGCUACUGUUGGCCUCUACACGUCCAUCUUCGGUGUGCUCCAGCUGCUUUGCCUGCUGACAGCCCCUGUCAUUGGCUACAUCAUGGACUGGAGGCUGAAGGAGUGUGAAGAUGCCUCUGAGGAACCGGAGGAGAAAGAUGCCAACCAGGGCGAGAAGACGAAGAAGCGAGACCGGCAGAUCCAGAAAGUCACCAAUGCCAUGCGGGCCUUCGCUUUCACAAACCUGCUGCUUGUGGGCUUUGGGGUGACCUGCCUCAUUCCCAACUUGCCUCUACAGAUCCUCUCCUUCAUCCUGCACACGAUCGUGCGAGGAUUCAUCCACUCUGCCGUCGGGGGCCUGUACGCCGCCGUGUACCCCUCCACCCAGUUUGGCAGCCUCACGGGACUGCAGUCGCUGGUCAGUGCACUCUUCGCUCUCCUGCAGCAGCCCUUGUUUCUGGCCAUGAUGGGUCCCCUCCAAGGAGACCCUCUAUGGGUGAACGUGGGGCUACUUGCCCUGAGCAUGCUGGGGUUCUGCCUGCCCCUCUACCUCGUGUGCUACCGGCGCCAGCUGGAGAGACAGCUACAGCAGAAGAGGGAGGAUGACAAGCUUUUCCUCAAGCUGAACGGCUCCUCCAACCGGGAGGCUUUCGUGUAGUGCUCGCCGCCUCUGAACUGUGGCCCCUGCCCUUGCUUCAGUGACUCACCGGUGUCCUUCUCCCCAUCCCGGAGGACCUCCAUGCACCCUCAGGAUCCCCUCCUUCACCAUUUUGGAGUCCACGCUCCCUCCCAGGGCCCCGGUCCUGCCUUGGAGCUCUGCCGCGGAAGGACGGGAGAGGGCCCGGAUGUGCGAUGUUCCUACUGCUGGAAGCAAGGGCCAGCCUGGGCUUUGCUCUGCCACUCUCGAGGGGCCCUGGGGCCUUGAGGCACCCUGGUGCCUGCGGGAGGAGCAAGGAGGACCCCCAGCAGGCAGGCUCUCUCCCUUAAGUGUCUGGAUUCUGCCUCUUGCCAAAGCACAGGGGUCUGCCACCUACUGCCUGCCACCUGCCCUCGGCUGCAUGCCCACUGGCCACCCUGCCCAAGGACAAAGGCUUGCACUGUCUGCACACCCUCGCCUGGCCCCUCAACCUCCUCCCCUGGCCAGUCUGAGGCUGCCUGAGGAAGGAAGGACCCGCUUCCUGUUGUUGGUGCUAACUCCUUUGUAAUUCCAGCCCCCUGUGGCCUGUCCGUGACCUGUCCUGUUCUAGGCCUGUGGAGAAGCCCCCUGGCUUAAAGCCUGGGGAGGGAAUGGGGGGCUGGAUAGUCACGCACGGCUAGGAGCCGAGGACAAGGCUGCUUAGCAGCCCCCUCACUUCCUCCCUCAGGGCAGGGAGCACGUUUCCACUGCCACCCUUCAUCCAGUCUGUGACCCGAAGGGAAUGAAAACAGCACCAACAGGCCCCCCCCCCCCCCAUACACACAGCUGUUUUUAUGGGGGUGGAAGCCAGGCUGUCGCUGACAGACGAGGAGGUAGAGGCCUGGCCGGGGAGAUGGCUGGUGAGGGGCCUGUGUGUGUGUGUGUGUGUGUGUGUGUGUGUGUGGGAUGUGUGACCAUGUGAUACGUGUGAGGAAGGUGUGUGGGGUAGUGCUAAGGUGUGGGCUCCAGGGGUCUGCCCUCAUCCCCUUCCCAGGGCCGCCCAGGAGGCAGCCAGGCCUGCCACAGGCCCAGGGUCCCCAAGGCAGCCUUCCUCUGGGUCUGGAGCUGGUCUGAGGCCGUGGGGCCACAGCGCCCCCUGCCGGCAGACGCCUCCAUGGUCCUGGAGCUGUUUACGGAAGAGGCCACCCUUCUCUGCCAGGCCCGCCUGGCCUUCCAGCCACCCACCUGACUGCCUCCAGAAGUGUGUCUGAGACUUCCUGGGAGUGCCCGGCAGGGCAGGUUGAUUUUAGGUUUAUGCUUUUGGGGGUUUUUUUCUUUUACGUUCUAUCAGACUCCUUUUUAUAAAGCAAUAAAUCCAUUUUCCUCCUGGUAAGGGAUGCCCCUGCUAAGCAUUUCAGUUCAUGGCCACACGUGCCUGUUUCUGGGUGAUUGCCAUCUUAGAAGCUAGAGUGGGGCCAGGGAGAGACCUUACUCCCCCACCCCACCCCCAAACAAACUGGGCUUGCACAGACAUCUUAGAAGUGUGCGCCAAACUGCCUCUGCUGUUUCUCCUGACCCCUUCCAUCCCCUACUCAGAUUUCCUAUCCCUGGGUCAACUGCCAGGGUUCCUCUCGAGCUCAGGACACAGGGUGAUCCAGGAGAGCCUCAGGUUCAAAUGUGGAGCAGAAUGUGGUGGAGAACAGGAAGGGACAGACCCCAGCCCAAGCUUUCGUUCUGCUUUAAUGGUCUGGCACCUGCAACACACCUCAUUUUCCUAGGUUUCAGUCCACUCGGACAUUAAAAGACAAGAUGUUUGUUUGAA